ACGAUUCUUCAUGACGUCAUUCAUCGGGACAACAUCCCCGUGGCAAGGAUGUAAAUUUGGCUUGAACGAAACGUUGAUUAUUCAAUAAUUCAUUCAAAUUGUUUUAUUACAAAGAAAAUAAAAAUAAUGUUGUAAUAUGAGAAAUUAGUGAUUGUGAUUAUUCGUGUCAAAGAAAUAACGUUUUAGAGAAUGUAAAACAUCUCGUGUAAAUACGCAACAAGCGUCAAUGUACGAGAUACGCAUCGAUUUCGCCGGGAAAAUAUGAGUAAUAAAAAUAAAAAUUUGGUGAAUAUAAAACUCAUAAAUAAUAGUGGAUUUCAAAUGCAAUAUCAAACAUUUUUUGGAAUAGAUGUACGACGAAAAGCAAAGGACAUGGCACAUCUGUAGAUAAGAAAUGCUGGACUAGUGGAAAUUGAAGAGUAGAAAAUAAAUAAAGAGAAAGCAGUAGAAGAUAGAAAAAGAAUUAAUAUACGUAGUGACUAUACCAUGCAUAUAAGGAUAUCCAGUCACUCUCAGCAGCAUAUACUUGCAAGUGCAAUAUUUCUUGCUAUGAUAGUGGUCAUCAGCAUCCAUGUCUUCCUGUUUCCUAUGUACACAUAUAAUCCACCAGCUCAUCAUAUAAAGAUUUCAUCAUAUGAACAAGCUCUUUGUCAUACUUCUUCAAAGAAUAUUAAUAUACCACCAAAAUGGGAAUAUCCUUGUCCCAAAUAUGGAAUAGUUUCUGCAAUUCAAGGUGGUAGGCUUGGAAAUCAAAUCUGGGAAUAUGCAUCAGUAUGGGCUACUGCAAGAAGAACUGGUUUGGAACCAUUUAUGCCACAUUGUAUAUUAAAAACUCUUGAGGAAUAUUUUGAAAAUCUUAGUAUUCCUCCACUUAAUUACAUUGGAAAGUGUAAUUUAGAUGUUAAUCAAAUUGUUAAUUCUCUUGGACAAUGGAACAGUACAGAACAAAAUAUUAUUAUACCGAGACAUGCAGCUUAUUGGUCUUUAAUUUUGGUGUGGUUGGAUGAUGUAAGAAGAGAAUUUACAUUUAAGCCAAAUUUAAGAACUUAUGCAGAAAAAGUACUGAAAGAAAUAGCAGAGGAAUUUAAUUUAUUUGAACCAACAUUUGUAAGCAUACACAUUCGAAGAACAGAUUAUGUGGAUUAUCUAUGGCAAAAAUUAAAAAUCAGACCUGCACCAGUCAGUUAUUAUUUUGCAGCAAUGGAUUACUUUAUUGGCAAGUAUGAUAAUGUAGUUUUUGUAGUAACUAGUGAUAAUAUAGUUUGGUGCAAGUAUCAUUUGAAUAGUAAAAGACAUAGAAUAAAAUUUGUAUCUGAUGUGGAUGCAAGAGGUCCAGGUAAAGAUCUUGCAGUUUUAUCAGCAUGUAAUCAUAGUAUUAUAGAUUAUGGUACAUAUGGUUCGUUUGGCGCAAUUUUAGCUGCUGGUGAAACUAUUGUGUAUAAUGUAACAACAUAUUUUUCUACAUUAAUUGCCGAAGUUUUGCCAAACUGGAAAAUAAUGAGUUGAAUUAGAAUCAAAAAAUAUUCCAUAGAUCUCAAAUUAAAACUAAUGCAUGUACAAAUACUUUAUUAAAAAUACUUUUUAUACAGAGUUUAACGAUCAUUUCGUUCGAUUUAACGCGAAGAUCAUAUUCUCUAUAUUUCUUUCAGAAUUAAAAUUGCUAAAAAAUUUUAUAUACAAUUUUUUUUAUUAAAUAUUUGUUUACUAUUUACAAUCUUUCUAAACAAGAAUAUAUUUCUUAAAUACAAUAUUAAAAAUUUUAAUUUAUUAUUCCAAUAUAAAGAGGCAACAUAUAUAUAUAUAUAUAUAUAUAAUUAUUUAUCAUAGAAUCUAAUAUUAAUCUUUAAAAGUUUAUUGCAUAUUUAUAUCUUUUCAACAAUUUCUAAAAAUUCAAAUGAAAGUGUAGCAUUAUAUUUUACAAAAUUUUUAUGAAUAUAGUAUAAGUAUAAUGCUGAUAAAUUGUUUAAAAAUAGUAGCAAUAUAUCAGUUUUUCAAUUAAUUAUGGCACUAUUAAUGACAAUGUUAGAAAUCCAUGCACUUUUAAUGGUAAUAUACUUUAAUAAAAACAUAAGAAUCUAAAGUAAGAAAAGAAAUACAAUGGAACAAUGGACCACUAAUGUCUAAAAUUAAAACAGAUGCUUAUUUUUUUUACUACCUAUGAUUCAUAUUCAUAGGUUUUGAGAAAUUGAAUAGAUUCAAUAUUCUUUUGACACAAUGAACCAAUAAACUGAGACUAAUCUAAAAAUCUGCAAGAAAAUUUUAUAGUGGUCAAAAUUAAAUAUAAAGAUUUUUAGAUGUUCAUAUUAUUAUUUUUUAAAUCAUGAUCUUAACUAAUUAUUUCAUAAUAUAACAUAUAAUAUAAUCCAAAAUGAAAUAUAAUUAUAUUAUAUAUUUAAGAUGUUUUUUGAGUAAAGAAAUUACAAUCAAACUUGCAGAUAUAG